UUUGCCAAUAGACAAAAACAUUCUCCGCCACCCCUCCAUAGCGUGACUGGGCUGCCGGGAAGUGGCAGGCCACACCUGCCUGCAUUCCCCGCCCAAGUCCACUUGUCUGCUGGCCUGGAGACAGGUCUGGUUGGCCUUUCUGUUUCUUAGAGAAGGAAUUAUUGCUUCUGGGUGCACUAGUGGCCUCUUGGAACAAACUGAUUAAGGCCCUUGGCCUUGGCUGGUGCAGGGGUGAAGGUGUGACCAGGCAGAUGAGCCCCCAGGACAGUUCUGUGUACCCUUUCGAGUUCCUUCUGUUGGUGGGGAUACCUGUGGCCAGUGCUUUCCUUCUGCUUCAGUGCCUUCGCUGGCACUGUUCUCGGUGGCUGCCAGGAGACUGCAGGAAUCCAGAUGACCAAGAGGAGACUGUUUUCCCACCCACUCCAUUACCAGAAUAUGAGCCCCCAAGGCAGUGCCCACCCCCAACUUUACCGGAGAUGGCUGCAUUCUACCAGGAGCUCCACACACCCACCCGGGGCCAGACCAUCACCCGGAAGCUGAUGAAUAAGUUACUGGUGUAUUCUGCUCGAGAGGUGGACCACCAUGGCGGAUGCCUGAUGCUGCAGGACACAGGCAUUUUUCUGCUCGUCCCACCAGGUGCUGUGGCAGUGGGUCGCCAGGAGAGGGUGUCCUUGGUUCUGGUGUGGGACCUGACGGAUGCCCCAUCAUUGUCUCACAGACAGGGGCUAGUGAGUCCUGUGGUGGCAUGUGGCCCUCAUGGAGCCUCCUUCUUGAAGCCUUGCACCCUCACAUUCAAGCACUGUGCCCAGGAGCCCAGUCAGGCCUGUGCCUACACCAGCAAUACUUCCUUGCUGGAUGCCAAGAACUGGAAGCGUCUGGGUCGGCCAGGGGCUUAUACUUCCCGGGAUGAGUGCCGUAUCCUGCUCUCUCACUUCAGCCUCUACACCUGUGUUCUGGAGGCACCCCUGGGUCAGACAGCCCGCAAGUGGCUGCAGCUGGCAGUGUUCUGCUCCCCACUGGCACCCGGGCAGACCCACCUGCAGUUGCGUGUCUACUUCCUGAACAAUACUCCCUGCGCCCUGCAGUGGGCUAUCACCAAUGAGCAGCCCCACGGUGGACGCAUGCGUGGGCCCUGCCAGCUCUUCGACUUCACUGGGGCCAGAGCAGACCAGUGUCUGAAGCUCAAGUACAUCUCUGAGGGUUGGGAAAAUGUGGACGACAGCAGUAGCCAGCUGGUUCCCCACCUUCAUAUCUGGCAUGGAAAGUGCCCCUUCCGUUCUUUCUGCUUCCGGAGAAAGGCAGCCAAUGAGAAUGAAGACUGCUCGGCAGUAACCAAUGAGAUCAUUGUCACCAUGCACACCUUCCAGGAUGGUUUGGAAUCCAAGUACAUGGAAAUCCUCAGGUUCCAGGCCUCAGAGGAAGAGUCCUGGGCGGCACCACCUCCUGUCUCUCAGCCUCCCCCAUGCAAUAGGCUGCCCCCGGAGCUCUUUGAGCAGCUGCAGAUGCUGUUGGAGCCCAGCAGUGUCACUGGGAAUGACUGGCGUAGACUGGCCUCCCACAUGGGGCUCUGUGGCAUGAAAAUCCGGUUCUUGUCCUGCCAACGCAGUCCCGCCGCGGCGAUCCUGGAGCUGUUCGAGGAACAGAAUGGCAGCCUGCAGGAGCUUCACUACCUCAUGACCGCCAUGGAACGCUUGGACUGCGCCUCUGCCAUCCAGAACUACCUGAACCGAACCCCUCGGGGCAGCCCUGCCACGAUGCACGGAGGCGCCUGGGAGAACUGUAGCCUGCAGCUGGAUGAGAAACUCUAAGCAUGCCCUGCGUGGCCUCGUAGGGUGCUGCAGCAGGCCGGGUCAUGCCUGUGAGUUCAGGGUCAUUGGCACAAACCCGGGUGAACCGAGAUGGAACUCCCAGGGAGGCUAGACUGCCUUGCCGUCAGCCCUGCAUCAGGACCGCUCUCUAUCCUGUUGGCCAACUUUGUCGUGAGUGCAGGUUCCCUCCUGGGCAGUAGAGGGCGCAGGAGUCUGGGAGAUGGCCACAGCCCAGUCAGCUUCCAAAACGCUGCUUUAUUUUCUCGUGGACGGCUAGGUGGCCCUGCAAGCACACUGAGAUCGAGACUGCUCACUCCACAAGUAUUCAGGGAGCACUGAGUCUCAGCACCAAGCAGGAAUCAUGGGGAAUGUCGGCUUCUUUGAUCUUGCUCUGGAGUCUGUUCUGCUGAAUUGAUAUGCACUCACUGUCAGCUGAGUGCAACAUUCUAGAAGUACCUUCCUAUGGUUAGGGAAUGCGGUGGGUGUGGUGCUGUGCUUAGCUUUGAGUUGAGAAGGGAGGGCGCCGAGGUGGGCCCGAGCAAAGAGUAGUCUCCAGAGAGGAUCAUG